GAGCAACAGCAUCAUGUCCUGCCUACCAACAAAGCGGCCCCAGAGCAAAAGGCGUCGAAUGCCAAGACACGUUGGGUGUUGCUCCGCUGUCAACAGACGCGCAAGUCUUGGCUGCGAACCGUGAUUUAUUUGGCUUGCAGAUGGCGGCGGUAACAGUAAAUAUUAGCGGCAGGGAACUGUCACCAAAACACGCAUUCGACUGCGCCUUUGCCUUUCCGCUAUCCCUACUUUGCACCUUUCCUCAAUUCAGCACUCGCAUUCACUCGCUAACAUAAAAUAUGGAUGACGACGCGCCGACAAGAACCUCGACCGACUACAUAUUCUGGGCGCUGAUAGCCAUGACCGUCGUCGCACUCUGGUACUUUUUCGGGCUCUUCAUGGGCCGGUCCAGGCUUAGCAUGCGACUAGCGCGGUUCCGGAGCCGCGGCCGGCCGAUACUUGGUGGAAGCGGCGACAGCAUCAGUGGGUUUGAGCAGGACUACGCCGAUGGGCUCAGCAGCCACAACUUCGACAUAAGCGUCAACAUCGACGACGGCGAUGAGCGGCCCGGUCUGGACAGCGACGAGGUGCGGCAUAUCAUGGAGACCAGAGGCGUGUCGUUCGACAAAGCCCGGCUGAUUCGCCAGCAGAUUGUCAUGCGAAGCAACGGCAUUGACCCGGCCACCGGCUUGCCGCUGGACCCGAAGGCAGUGACGUUCGGUCGAUAGACUUGUAUUUUUUGUUUCCAAUGUUGUUUAUAAGAAAAAUCACUUUUUGCCAAAGAAACUCAG